CUGAAUUGAGAGAAACUAAUGAUUAACUGAAGAGUAUGUUUAGAGGAAAAAAGAAGAAUGUAAAGUAAUGCAAAAUGUUUUGAAACUGAGGUAUAAUUAUGUAAAGGGCGUAAGAAAAUCUCUGUGGCUAUUGAAAACAUGAGUACUAAACGUUUUUCUAACUCGCAGAUUAUAAAACAGUACGAACACUUUGAAGAAUUUGGUGAAAAAUUAAAAGCUGAGGUACAACAGGCAGAAUUUUAUGAAGAAUUUACAAGAUUGUUGGAAUAUUUCCGAUUUUAUUACGAAGAAAAUGAAAGAAAAAAGCAGAAAAUUUUUGAGUUGAACGCAAUGAAAUUGAAUGACCUGCAGAAAAGAAAAUCUGAACGAAUGGAACAUGAAGAGGUAAUAAAAAAUCUGAAAGAGACUAUCGGUCAUCUGCAAGCAGAGUUAAAUGAAUGGAAAAUUCAAGGAAAAGAUUUCAUCAAGCAAAUAACAAAUCUGGAAGACAUUGUGCAGGAGCAAGCUAAUGAAAUAGAAAGAAUGACUUUGAAAUAUGAAACACAAGAGGAAACGAUGCUGGAUAGCACUAAAAGAAAGCAUUUACAACAAAACAUCAUGGAAAACAAUAAUUUUCUUACAAAAAGUCUUGAAGAAUUGGUAAAGGACACCCAUGAUGUUAAACCGUUAGGCCUAGCCUCUGAAACGCCAAAGCGACAAGAUGACCAGAGGUCAACUAAAAUAAAAAAUAUCCUCGAAGUAAAACCGUCUUUUAAACUUAGCAAUGAAGCUGUUAAAUCUCUAUCCCACCAUAAAGAAGGCAAAAUUUCAUUCGAAAGUAAAUCACGUGACAUGGAACGUUUAUACCAUCAUAUGCAAGAAUCAAAGAAGCCCAAAAUAAUGAACAAAAAUCUAUUGAAACAUAAGAAUGAAGGAGAUGUGUUAUGGCCUGAGAAGGUUAUACGAGCAAAACAAGAUGUCUACGGCAUUUCUAAGACAUACCAUAGAGACAUGGAUGAACUUCUGAACAUCGAAGAAAAUUUGCAGCAUUUUAAAAACGAGAAUAAAACGCUGAAUAAAGCUAUUAUGAUUUUACGAGUAGAGCUUGAAAUGUCUCAAAAGAAACAGACUGAGCUAGUGAGAAAUCUUAAAGAAAACGAUGAUCUCAUCAACCAAUACAAGAAGGAGUCAGUUGAAAGAGAAACGAGGUAUCAACAAAUGCAACAAAAAUUGACGAAUGAAUUGACAAGAAAAAACGAAACUCUAGAAAACAUAACUGCUAAAUUCCAAAAUGUAAAAGUGGAACAAGAUAAACUCAAGAAAGAGUUAAACGACACUACAGAGGAGAGAAAUAUAUUUAGUUUGGAGGCAGAAAUAGCAUCUAAAAACAUCGAAAACUUGGAAAAGAAGGUUGACAGUUUGAUGAAAGCGAGAAAUGAUGCAUCCAAAACGGCAGAAAUAUUCGAGGAACAUUUAGCACAAGCUCAAGCUCGCAUGAUCAUGGCCAAACAAGAAAUCGAGAAUCUCGGCAAAAAACUAGAGGAUGUAGAGGAAGACAUGCUUAAGUUGAGGAAAGCCAACGAACUCACAUCUUCCCAAAAAGAUUCUGCCAAAAAAAUGGACAUGACUAAUCUGGAAAAUAUGGUUGGACAUUGGAAAAAUCAGAUCGCAACGAGAGACAAUAGAAUGAAACGCAUAAAAGGAGAUUUAAUAAAUAAAAUCAAAGAAUUACAAAAAUUAAAGAGGGACAUUUGCGAUAAAGAAAGGGAAAGAAUGACAGCAGUUGGAGAAAUGAUGCGUUUGAAUAAAGUUAUCGAUGAACAAAGCUCUGCUCUGAAGACGUUAAAACUUCAACUUAAAGCUUCAGAUCAAGAGAUCGAUCACUUGCAAAAGAAGGUAAGAACUUUGGAUUUAAAAUACCAGCAUGCUUACGCGGAAAGGCACAAAUACCAAACAUUAUACACACAACUGUGUAUUGUCAACAAACAAAAGCAGACAGAGAAUUCACUGAUAGGAAAGCAGCAUGAAUACUUAAUGAAAUAUCUUAGUGAUAAAGAAUCCCAGGCGCUAAAAUCAAUGAAAUGUAUAAGAUUUUAAUUAUUCAGAAUUAAUGAUCAAUUCUACGAAGUACUAAGCUGAAUACAUCAAAUAUGCUUUCAAUUCAAUCUCUUCGUAAAAAAAAAUUAUAAAAUCGAUCGUGUUUAAACUCCUAUAAAUGAAAAUAUGAAUUUCUAUGCGAAACGAAUAUCCUAAAAGAUAAAAAUCAAGCAGAAAAAUUUACCGCUGUGGAAGUUAAGCUUUCAAGUGAUUUUUAUACGUAUAAAGAAGGCGAACGAAAAUUUGAAGAUUUCUAUUUAACAAAUUUCAACUUUGCUUGGCUGUGACUUCAAGAAGGGGGAAUCCUUGAGGAAGGAAAAAUGUAGUUUUCUCUCUGGAGUAGUUGGCCUUCGAAUGCAAUAUAAAGGCGAAGGAAAUUUACAGAAGAAAUCAAAACAUGCGAGACAUAGUAUAUAAGAACUGAAAUUCAACUUGGUGAUUAAAUUCACAACAUUAAAGAAUAUGAAAGGAUCAAGAAAUUUUACAUCAAAUGAAUAUUCUUUGUAAUUAAUUUAACCAACGAAAAAAUCUUAAAAGAAUAAAAAAAAAU